UUGAGGAAAACAACAACAAUCCACACUUUCUUCUUCAACCACUUCAAAUUGUUCAUUUUUUGGUUGUAAAAAAAAUGUCCACUUUAAGUAUUUUCCUUUUUUGUCUUCUUCUUCAUCAUCAUCAUCAAUCAGUUCUUAUUUUUCAUUAUAUUUACAUAUGAUUUCAAGGCUUGAAUUCUUUCUGGGCAUUACCCAAAUUAUUUCUGAAUAUAUUGAAGGAUUAUUAUCUUGAUUAUUAUGGGUUCACAGUUUAAUGGAGGAGAUGAAGAGUCACUAGUUGAACCUCUUAAUUACAGUUCCAGUCAACAAUUAUCUCGUCUUACCAAUACAACUUCCCAGCUUGCUCUUGUUGGUGUCAAUGUUUGCCCAAUUGAAAGCCUUGAUUAUGAAAUUAUUGAGAAUGAUUUUUUCAAGCAAGAUUGGAGAAGUAGAGGAAGAAUGCAGAUUUACCAAUACAUUUGUAUGAAGUGGGCAUUGUGUUUUCUCAUUGGAUUGAGUGUUAGUUUGGUUGGGUUCUUCAAUAAUCUUGCUGUGGAAAAUAUAGCUGGAAAGAAAUUUGUUAUCACUUCCAAUAUGAUGUUGUAUAACAGGCACUUGUCAGCAUUUUUGGUGUUUACAGGUUUCAAUUUUGGGUUGACUCUUUUUGCAUCUUUGUUUACGGCACUUGUAUCUCCGGCAGCUGCUGGGUCAGGUAUACCCGAAGUUAAGGCUUAUUUGAACGGUGUAGAUGCGCCUGGUAUAUUUUCACUAAGGACUUUGGUUGGUAAGAUUAUUGGUAGCAUAUCUGCCGUUUCUGCCUCCCUUCACAUUGGAAAAGCAGGGCCUAUGGUGCACACUGCUUCAUGUAUAGGUGCACUGCUGGGUCAGGGUGGAUCGAAGAAAUAUGGUUUGACUUGGAAAUGGCUACAUUAUUUCAAAAAUGACCGAGAUAGAAGAGAUCUAGUAACAUGUGCAACUGCUGCUGGAAUGGCCGCUGCUUUCCGAGCUCCAGUUGGUGGUGUAUUAUUUGCGUUAGAAGAAAUGGCUACUUGGUGGAGAAGUGCACUAGUAUGGAGAUCGUUCUUUUGUACGGCAGUUGUUGCUAUCAUGCUUCGCAGUUUCAUGGAUCUCUGUUAUAGUGGCAAGUGUGGACUCUUUGGCACAGGCGGUUUAAUAAUGUUUAAUGUCACUAAAGAAAAUUUUGCAUAUCACCUCAGUGAUGUACCUCCCGUCCUGCUGCUUGGACUAAUAGGGGGUUUAUUAGGAGCCUUGUACAAUUUCAUUCUUGAAAAGGUUCUUCGACUUUACAGUUUUAUAAAUGGGAAAGGCCUCGUCUAUCAAAUAGUUCUAGCUUGUUCAAUCUCUGUGUUCACCUCAUGCCUUCUGUUUGGGCUUCCUUGGCUUGCACCUUGCCAACCUUGUCCAGGGGAUGCGUUCGAGGCUUGUCCUACGAUAGGCCGAUCUGGUAACUACAAGAAGUUCCAGUGUGCUCCAGGACACUACAAUGAUCUUGCCAGUUUGAUUUUCAACACAAAUGAUGAUGCGAUAAGAAACCUCUUUAGUCACAGCACUGAUUCUGAAUUUCAUGGCUUAUCCAUGCUUAUUUUUUUUAUAACCUGCUUUUUCCUGAGCAUUUUUAGCUAUGCAAUUGUGGUUCCUUCUGGUCUCUUUGUACCUGUUAUUGUAACGGGUGCAUCAUACGGGCGUUAUGUUGGGAUGUUAAUAGGUUCAAAUUCGAGUCUGAACCAUGGUCUCUUUGCUGUGCUUGGUGCUGCUUCUUUUCUUGGUGGGUCCAUGAGAAUGACAGUCUCAUUGUGUGUCAUCCUUCUUGAACUCACCAAUAACUUGUUACUACUGCCACUGGUGAUGUUAGUUCUACUUGUCUCUAAAACCGUGGCAGACGUCUUCAACGCCAAUAUAUAUGACAUCAUGAUGAAGCUGAAAGGUUUCCCUUAUCUAGAAUCACACACAGAGCCGUUCAUGAGUCAGCUGACUGUAGCUGAUGUAGUUACUGGCCCACUUGAGUAUCUUCAUGGGAUAGAAAAAGUUGAAAAUAUAGUCAAUAUUCUCAAAAGGUCGGGUCACAAUGGCUUUCCUGUGAUUGAUGAACCAGAAGAAUGUGGCAUACCGAAAUUGUUUGGUUUAAUCCUUCGAAGCCAUCUGAUUGUGUUGCUGAAGAAGAAAGCUUUCUCUCUCACAUCGGUGUCAGCUGGAGCUGAUGUAUUUAAGCAGUUCUCUUCUGUGGAAUUUGCCAAGGGUGGGUCGGGAAAUAUUGAUGACAUUGAAGAUAUGUUUUUUACAGAUGAAGAAAUGAAGAUGUUUGUUGACCUUCAUCCGUUCACAAAUGCUUCCCCUUAUACAGUAGUGGAGACAAUGUCUCUAGCAAAGGCUCAUAUACUUUUCAGGGAAAUUGGUCUCAGGCACAUGCUGGUGACAACCACAAGUAAUGAUAGACCGCCUGUUGUGGGGAUGUUGACAAGACAUGAUUUUAUGCCGGAACACAUAUUAAAUUUGCAUCCUUCACUGGUGAGUAGAAGAUGGAAAAGAUUAAGACUCCAGCUUACUCCUUUUGCAAAAUUCUUGUAGGCAUCUCCAAAAUACAUUGGGGCUCCUUUUUGUUUAGCCUACAUCUGCGUUUUAUAGAGUCAACGGGAAAGCAUGUUAAAAAGUUGUCGACCCACUCCUCAUCGCGUUUUGUACUCUUUUUUCCUCUUUUUCUGGAAUUUUGUACAGAAAAUUCUCAAUAACUCUUGAAAAAUUUUUGCUGCAAAAGAUGUUCUUGUUAUG